AACCAUGGUUUGACAAUGAGAGAGGCUGGGCUGAGAGUACACCCGAACCUCAGCCGGUUCACAGUGGCCUCUGUCAUCCGGACAUUCCGACUGGAAACAGGUAUAAUGACCAGAAGACCAAAUAGAGGUGGGCGCCAACAGCUCUUCAGUCCUCAACAGGAGAUUGAAGUAGUCAAUAUUGUGAGGGCCAACAAUGCCAUCCGUCUCCACCAGAUAAGACACGAGAUUCUAGCUGACCAAGGAACGUUUCACAAUGUAAAUCAAGUCAGUGUUUCUACAAUCCAACGCAUCUUGGUGAAGCACAAUGUUUCAAUGAAACAGUUAUACAGAGUCCCAUUCGAAAGGAAUGAGGACCGGGUGAAGGAACUUCGCCAUGCAUAUGUACAGAGAAUCAUGGACAUGGAUGGGGCCGACCAAAUGCAUGAAUUCAUUUUCAUUGAUGAGGCCGGAUUCAACUUAACGAAGAUGAGACGUCGGGGGCGCAAUAUAAUUGGGCAAAGGGCAAUUGUGCAUGGCCCUGGGCAGCGUGGUGGAAACAUCACACUAUGUGCUGCCAUAAGUUUCAGGGGGUUGCUUCAUCACCAUUCAAAAAUAGGCGCAUAUAACACCCAACACAUCAUUGCCUUUUUAGAUGCGCUUCAUUUCACAGUUGUGCAGGACAGACCAGACCAGCCCAGGUUUGUUGUAAUCUGGGACAACAGGAGUUUUUCUCCGCCUGGAGAUGGCGCGUGUAUGACCGUCAGCCACACGCCCGUCAGCCUCUUCUGCAGGCAAUGGAACAGGCCUGCGGUGACAUUGAUGUACAAUCAAUUCAGGCAUGGAUAA